UUCCCGGGGCCUCCCGUAGCCGAACCCUUCGGAAGUGACCCGGGGCGGGGGCUGGAAGGGGCGCGGCUCUGCCCGGCCCUGCCCGCCCGGAGCGGGGCGGUGCUCCGUCCGUCUGUCCCUCUGUCUGUCUGUCCCUCUGUGUGUGUGUGUGUCUGUAACUCUGUCUGCCUGUCGGUCCCAGGGGCCCGGGGAGCCGCGGGCGGACCGUAGAUGUUGGUUUGGCUCCCAAAGCGCUCAGCAAAACCCCGCCGCUUCGGGAGUGACUCCUGGUGAUGGCAGCAAUGGCAGAGACCAACAAUAUCCAUGCAGCGAUGGAAGGGCCAGAAGAUGAUGCCAAGUGCAGUUUCCAUCACAGAAUAUUCCUGGAACCCCAAGAGAAGAAGACGAGCAUGAAGGCUCUGCUGGUUAAGCAAGCAAAGAAAACUUGCAGCUGCACCCCAGCCAAAAUUAAAGAUUGUAUUUUGGGGUUUUUCCCCAUCUUACAGUGGCUUCCUAAAUACAAACUCAGGGAGGAUCUCCUGGGGGAUGUCAUGUCUGGUGUGAUCGUGGGGGUGCUGCUGGUGCCACAGUCCAUUGCCUACUCCCUCUUGGCAGGGCUGGAGCCCAUCUAUGGCCUGUACACGUCCUUUUUUUCCUGCAUCAUUUACUGCAUCUUCGGCACCUCCCGCCACAUCUCCGUCAGCAUCUUCGGGGUGGUUUGCCUGAUGGUGGGGCAGGUGGUGGACAGGGAAGUGGAGAGAGCUGGCUAUGACCUGCAGCCAGUGCUCAGUGCCCUGCCAGGGGACAGCAACAGCACCAGGAACGGGACAGAGCCGCUCUGUGACAAAGGCUGCUACGCCAUGGCCGUGGCUGCCACCCUGACCUUCAUCUCUGGAGUUUACCAGGUGGCCAUGGGUUUUUUCCAGGUGGGCUUUGUCUCCGUGUACCUCUCGGAUUCUCUGCUCAGUGGGUUUGUCACAGGAGCCUCCUUCACUGUCCUGACCUCACAAGUCAAGUACCUGCUGGGGCUGGACAUCCCCCGGAGCGGGGGCAUCGGCUCCCUGGUCACCACCUGGAUAAACAUCUUCAGGAGCAUCCACAGGACCAACAUCUGCGACCUCAUCACCAGCUCCUUGUGCUUCCUGGUGCUCAUCCCAGCCAAAGAGCUCAACGAGCGCUUCAAAUCCAAGCUCAAGGCUCCAAUCCCAGUGGAGCUCUUCGUGGUCGUGGCGGCCACUCUGGCGUCUCACUUUGGGAAGCUCCGGGAGAAUUACGGCUCCAGCGUCUCCGGCCACAUCCCCACGGGGUUCCUGCCGCCGCGGGCCCCGGCCUGGGGCCUGCUUCCCAGCGUGGCGCUGGACGCCAUCCCCGUCGCCAUCAUCGGCUUCGCCAUCACCGUCUCGCUCUCGGAGAUGUUCGCCAAGAAGCACGGCUACGCCGUGAGGGCCAACCAGGAGAUGUACGCCAUCGGCUUCUGCAACAUCAUCCCCUCCUUCUUCCACUGCUUCACCACCAGCGCAGCCCUGGCCAAAACCCUGGUCAAGGAGUCCACGGGCUGCAGGACGCAGAUGUCGGGGCUGGUGACCAGUUUGGUGAUCCUGCUGGUGCUCCUGGUGAUCGCGCCGCUGUUCUACUCGCUGCAGAAAUGCGUCCUCGCCGUCAUCACCAUCGUCAACCUCCGCGGAGCCCUGCGCAAGUUCAGGGACCUGCCCAAGAUGUGGCGCCUGAGCAAGGUGGACACGGCGAUCUGGGGGGUCACCAUGGCGGCCACGGCGCUGAUCAGCACCGAGAUCGGGCUGCUGGUGGGGGUUUGCUUCUCCAUGCUCUGCGUCAUCUUCCGCACGCAGCGGCCGGAGGCGCCGCUGCUGGGCUGGGCGGCCGAGUCGGAGACCUACGAGUCCCUGUCUGCCUACAAGAACCUGCAGACCAAGCCUGGAGUCGUGGUGUUCCGAUUUGAAGCCCCCCUCUACUACAUCAACAAGGAGUGCUUCAAAUCCACCCUCUACAAGCAAACCGGGGUCAACCCCCUGUGGGUGAAGGCGGCCAGGAAGAAAGCGGCGAAGAGAAUGCUGAAGGAGAAGGAGGCGGGGUCUGGGGAGAAGCAGAGCAGCGUCCCCGUGGAUUUGGGGCUGGAGCCUGUGGGGUUUCACACCAUAGUGAUCGACUGCUGUGCCGUGCAGUUCCUGGACACGGCCGGCAUCCGCACGCUGCAGGAGGUCUGCAGGGACUACGGGGACGUCGGCGUCCGCGUGCUGCUGGCCCAGUGCAGCCCCUCUGUCAGGAGCUCCCUGCUCAGAGGGGACUUCUUCAAAGAGGGCGAGGAGCAGCUGCUCUUCCACAGCGUGCACCAGGCCGUGGACUUCGCCCUGGGCACACACGGUGCUGCCAAGAACUAGCUGGGCAGGGGAGGAGGCUGGAGCAGAACCUGGGCAAACACGUCCGUGUGUCCGUGCAAUCAGCGUGUGUGUGAGGGACAGGGCAGGCUGGGGCUGUGCCAUCUCUGCAUUUACCUGCAGUCAUCCCACAGCAGCUGCUGAAGGAAGGGAGUUCUUUCCUCCAUUGUGGCCAAUCUGCGAAUCUGAACGUGGUUGUUCAUCUCCUGUCUCCUCUCUGGAGAUUUCUGUGUCUCGGUUUCACUCUUAAGUGAUCAGAUCUUUGCUACAACUCUGUCCUUGUGGAUGGGGGGGGGGAUUUUGUCCUGUCCAGCUGAAGAAUGAGGCAAUUUGUUUCUCAUCCCUCGUUCUGGCCUUGCUUUCCAUCACCACGCCCUUGUGUUUGCCAAGGAAUGGCUGCCAGGAACUCUUUGCCCUGGUCUUUACUGGGCAGUGUUUGUUUUUGCAACCUCCCUGAAUCUCAGAUAGAGAAAUCAAAUCUGAACAUGCAGGAAGAUAUCUUAAUGGAUAUCUUUUAACCAAGCACCUCUCACCUCCAGAGGUUUUGGCACUGCCUCCUAAUUCAGCCAGGCCACAAGGGCAAGGUUAUCUCAUUCCUCCACAGGCCUAAACCUGCCUGUGCCCGUGGAAAUUCCACCUCUCCAGCCUGAUUUUAAUGAUUUUUUUUUUUUCAUAGAUGACUCUUUAGAAGUCUGAUUCCUUCUUAUGGUCAGUCAAUUGUUUUCCUAAUAUUUAGGAACACUUCAGAAUUGAGAACAUUAGAUGUGCAAAAUAUCUUGUUCUUUAAUUUUAACCAAAAAGAAAUCCCUUCUAGGCAGUUUUUUACACCAGGCAGAGAGAAUCACAAGCACCAAAGUGAAAAGGGACAAGUAGAUUAUCCAACAUCUGCCCAGAUGUGUCCAUGUCACAGAGACUUUGUGCAUGAAUGCAAGAUUUAUUGGCUGUAAACCCUUUGCUCUGUCCUGGACUUUAUGCAAUGGGAGUGCACAGAUCAUUUGAAAAGGAACAG